CCGAGUUCGCCUCGCUAGCGUACAGUUUGGACCUGCCUCGGCUCAGAGCAGAGGAAAAAGCGAGCAUGAGCUCUCGCGUCAGUGGUGUGAAGACUAGCGACUCAACGAGAGUUGGUCUUCCGAGCAGAAAAAAAGGUUGCUGGUGUGUGUUUCCACGAGCUGACUAGUAGGCCGAGCGAUCCGACUGCAGCGCUCCUUCCGUCGGGCUGCUGUGAAGCUGAUCGAGUCGUUUCCUUUUCAAGGGGCGCCCAGAGGAAGCGGUUACACUGAUGGCGUUGAUGCCGAUUGCAGGCGGCCCCGACCUGCAACAGGUGCCCGAUGCGACGCAGACGCGUCCCACGCUGGACCGGCUGACCCAGAUAGCCCGGGACCUGCGUGAUCCGGCGUCCUUCAACAACUGCAUGAACGAGCUGUACCAGUGGUGCAGUGACGAGCGUGCCUUUGUGCCCGUCUACGAGGAAAAGCUCAUGACAUGCCUGACGACCGUACGGGAAAUCGCGCUCAGCUCUCACAGCAGAGCUGCUUUUGCUCUGGCUGCCCAACUAUUCAGCGUUGUGAACAAGCAUAGCGACCGUCUAUCUAGAGAUCACGUGGCUUUGUUCCAGAGGAUGUGGAACGAGAUGAGACACAUGGUUCAACGCCUACAACACCUUCAGCAACAACAGCAGCAGCAGCAACAACAGCAGCAACAACAACAGCAGCAACAACAGCAGCAGGCACGGCAGCAAGCACAACAGCAAGCACAGCAGCAGCAGCAUGGAAGUAUGAUGGAUCCCUUGCAUUCGACGAGCGGAGGAAUGAUGAUGCGAAAUGACCCCCUCGGCCAGCUCCCGUCUAUGCAGCAGACGCCAAAUCGACAAGUCUCUGUAAUAGCAACCAUUUGGGAUUUCAACACCACGCAGAAUUCCGCGCCCAUGACGACCUCUGCCGGCCACACUAUGUACAACCAAUCAGGAAGCUACCCGCAGAGUCAAAGCAACAAUAACAGUUUGGCCGAGCAAGCUGCCGCGGAAGCCUCUGUAGAAGCCGCAGCAACCACAAUGGGCAGUGGACGGUUUCGUACAUCGGCACCCGGUGCUUUUAAUCACGGCAAUCGUCCAGCGGGCAUGCUGGGCAACCCACACAUGAUAGGCCAAGGCCCGGGGCAGAGUGUACGCGACUCUCCCGCUAACCUACAGGUGGGCAGCAAGUCCAUUGUUGCGGCAACGGCGGUCGCGGCAGCGACGGCCUCGGCAGUGGAGCGCCUCCAUCAGCCGCAGCAAGCCGCAGGUCUCGGCAUUGAUGGCUGGAACGGAGCAGGUCACGGCGGCGGCGGUGGCACUGGCGGCGGUGGGCCUGCUCCCAACGCCACUGUGAUGGGACCCGGAAUGAUGCCGCCGCACGGUACGCAAGGACAGCCUCCAAACUAUCGAAUGCCAUCGUCUGGCUACCCGAGUGCUGGACAUGGCCUGGGGGCAGGUCAGCAUCAGUUUGCACCUAAUGCAGCAGGUGGUCCUUCUGGUCCUUCUGGUCACUGGGGUGCCAGUGAUCUCCAGCGCGCAGGUGGUGUGGGACCGGCUCUUGGCCGCCAAACGCCGCAGCAGUCAAUCCCUAACCAGCAUAGCUCGUAUGCGCAACAGCAGCUGGCGUUGAAUGGAGGCCAGAGCUUGGCAGACACUGGACUCCCGGAUAACAGGUUUGGUCCCAUAGCUACGGCUACUGACCCGCGCGCACGCCUGAACUUGGAAGCUCGCCGCAGGAUGCAGCUCUUAGCCGCGGAGCAGCAGCAGCGGCUGAGAGUGCAGCAAGCAGGUAACGCUUCGGCAGCAGGCCUACUCGGCAAUGUCGGGCAGCAAGCACAGCAGCAGGGCCUGGAUGCUCUCAGCGCUGCGUCCAACCAGGUCGGACAAAUGGACGGACGAGGCCUGCCUUUCUCCUCCUCUCAACACCAACUGCCUCCCUAUCCAGGCGCCAACUCUUCCAGCAUGCAAGACUCGAAGCAAGCAAUGAUGCAGCAAGUACUGCAACAGAGCCAACAGCAACCUCUUAGGCAUGGUACUCCUUCUUUGGCAGCAUCCCUGCAGCAGCAGCAGCAAGCUCAACACCUGGGCCAGCAGACAGCAGUAUCUCAGUCCGGCCUGCAGGCUGGCAAUAUGCACUCUCACCCAGUUGCGGCGACACACCAGCAGUCCCUGACCUCGCAGCAGCAGCAGCAGCAGCAACAGCUGCAGCAACAGAAGCAGCACCUCGCGGCACUGCGAGCGCCUGGUGCAUCCAUUGGCGAUGUCUCCGCCCUGCUGCGAUCCUCACAGCCAGGGCAAUCUGGUCGCAUCACGCCAUACGGUUCAAACCCAGUUUCGUCUGCUUCCAACCCACCAGUUAAAACUGAGCCAGAACCAUUGUUCAAUGUCACAGUGCCGGAUGGUGUGCUUCUAAAGCCAUUCAAGGUGGAACGCGACACCAUUCCAUCGGAGCACAAGUUCACCCUGAACGAAAAGCACUUCUCCUACCUUGCGCACAACGACACAAAUCUAUUUUUCAAAUGCUAUCGGCUGGAGGACAGAGAGAGAAUCCCAGUGUGGCCAAACUCCAUUACUGUGACGCUCAACAACAAGCUCAUCCAGCUGGAUCGUGGUGCUCCAAUGCCAGACGAUGCCCGUUGCCAUCGUGCAGCCAAGGCCGCUCACAUGAAGCACCACAUUCAUCAGAACCAGAGUCAGACUGGCAACACGCUCCAGAUCAAGGAUCUCCAGCACAGCGCCGCUUUUGCCUUUCAAGUCUAUAUCGAGAAGAAGGUUUCGAGAUCAUCGGCAAAGGCAACGAUUGCAAACUCUUUGAGUAAAAUUGAAAAGACGGUGGAACGAAUCCAACGUGAAUUCAGAAGUCGAGAGGGCAUUGAGCAGACAGCACUGACCGUGCCUUUGCUGUGCCCGAUAACUCGCAAGAUUAUCAAGCACCCAACGCGUGGCCGUACCUGCGCCCACUUGACCUGCUUCAACAUGGAGGACUUCCUCGACAUGAACUGCUCCAAGGAGGUCUGGAGAUGCCCAAUCUGCAGGAAUGAGCUAACUGUUAACACCAUGGAAAUGGAUCAGUGGCUCUGGAGUUUGCUCAAGUCCAUCAGUGACAGUAAUUCAUCUGCGGAAGACCUCAUUAUUUCUGCUAAUGGUGAAUGGAGUGUGCCAUCGAGAGUUAAAAGCGAAGAUGGUGCACCAUCAGCCAAGAUAUCUUGCAUCAGUGGCACACUCCCUAUACUCCCUCUUCUUUCUGGCAACCAGGAUGCUAACUUACAAGUGUUUCAACAUCAGCAGGCAAAGGGCCUGGCGAAUGCUGCUGCCAUGCAGAACAAGGCAGUGGGCUCACCCCAGGCAAAUGCCGCAGCUGCGAAUGCUGCGGCCGUUUCUGCAUCUCAGUCUGUGGUCUCGUCUCUCCAGCAGACCUUGAGCCAAGGUCCAGCUCAACAGUCCCAGUCCUUUCAACAAGGUGGUCCUCGUCAGCAGCAGCAGCAACCGCAACCAGGUCACCAUCAACAGGUCCCUCAGAGUCUUGCCCAGCAACUUCAAGCUGGAGAUAACCUGCAGUCUUCACAGCUUUCUCAGGAAGCGCAACUACAGAUGCAACAGCAGAAGCUACAGCUGGGUCAGCCAUCACAGCAGCAGCAGCAGCUGCAAGCUUUGCUGAGCCGAUCAUCUCUACCAGGUGCUCAAGGUGGCGGCCUGCCGCAACAGCCACAACAGCCGCAGCAGCAGCAGCACGCUCUGCACCAGCAAGCCCAGCAGUUGACUCCCCAACAGCAGCAACAACUGAUGGAGAUGCGUCACCAACAGAAGCAAAACCAACUGCAACACCAGCAACGCCUCCAGAGUCUGAUGCAACAACAACAGUUGACGCAAAAUUCCCAAUUGCAACUACCAUCUCAGCAGGCACAUGUGCAACACCAACAACAACAACAGCAACAGAUUCCACUGCAACAACAGCAGCAGCCUGGGCCACAGCAAGUACAGCAACAGCAGCAACAGCAGCGGCAAUCUACUCUGCAGCAGCAACUUCAGGCCAAUCCUUUUCUUCCCUCUGGUCGCCUCACACCGCAGGCUGCUAACAACUGGCAGGCCGGACAGAACUUGCCCAACCCUGCUGCAAUGCGGCCUCCAUCGGCGCCUGGCUCUGUUGCCAACUCGGCAGUUCCCAGCAAGCCAGCUGCGAAACCAUCAGGUGCUGGCAAGAAGCAACGUCCCCCAUCCAGAUCUAAGCAACAGGCACAGCAGCAACAGCAGCAAGUCCAAAUGCCAGCUUCGCCUGCAGUUGCCGCAGCAUCCACCUCGAACCUGUCUGCCACCAGCCAGUCGUCGAUUACAACUAGCCCUGCAGCAGCUCAGCAGCAGCAGCGCACUACCCUUCAGCAGCAGACCAGUACAAGCAGUGUGCUGGACGUUGAUCGACCACGAUCUAGAAGUGCUCUCGAGAUCACCGCCUCGCCACGCUCAGUUCAGCCAGCCAGUGCCGCACCUACAACUGCUGUUGCUCCAGCUGCUGCCGCCCAGUCACCAGCUACGGCCAUGCAACAACAGCAGCAACAACAGCAGCAGCAACAACAGCAGCAGCAGCAACAACAGCAGCAGCAACAACAACAGCAGCAACAACAGCAGCAGCAGCAACAACACCAACAGCAACAACAGCAGCAGCAGCAACAACAGCAACAACAACAGCAGCAGCAACAACACACAGCAGUUGCAGCUUCUGCAGCCGCCAGUGCAGUUGGUGCUGGUUCUGGUGGCGGCGCAAUUGCUGCUUCCUCCAAUCGAGCUGGCCCCGGCUCUGUGAGUGCAGAUACCGCCGCUGCUGCUACUGGUCCCGCUACCAAUCCCAACACUCCAGCCACGUUAACUCUGCCUGGUUCUGUUCCGGCACCAGCGUCCAACACUAAUGCUCCUUUUGUUCUGGACGAACUGUUAGGCCUUAGCACGGGAGAUGAGCUGUGUGCAUUCGAUUCUAGCACCUUUGAUCGCCUACUGAAUCAAACCAGUGACGACAUGCUCAUGAAUCCCGACCCAGAUCAGCUCCUUCCCUCCGGCCUUUCAACCAGUGAGGGUGACGAGUUGCUGAGUAAUUUCAUUCCCUUUACUUAAUAGUUCUGUGAGUUGCCAGGUUUGUAUUCCGGUUGCGCAACUGUUCCUUGUCCAGUCAGUGCCCAGUGAAGGAAAGUCUUGAGUCACCCAUUGGUCUAGUCAUGCCCACUUACUCAGCCUUGCUAACGUUUCCCCACUACCCACUACAACUAAUGUCUAAAAGUUCACCCACCACCUGCCAUGUCAGCGCAUGCCAUUUACACUGAAAAGAAACCAACGUACUAUCUCGAGCGGCGAUAUCAAGCAGCCUUUCCAUUAGCAGCGUCCAGCUGAGCUAUGUAGAGAAUGGUCUCCGUAAUCGAAAGGUUGAUAUGAGCUUAUCGCCAGCACCAAACAUGAAUGUCACAGGAAUACGAGAGCUCUAACCACUUGACAAAGCUCAUACACAGUAUACACACUGUGCAGUGUGCUGCUAAACCUUGUUAAGUCAUCUAUUAUAAGACGGCAUCUAUUUCGGCAUCUAUUUCAUCGUGUGAACGUUACUUGCCACUGAUUUUUUUGAUUGUCUCUUGACUGAGCUGCUGCGUGUGAUUUAUUUUGGUACGGUCAGUGUUUCUUAUUUCUGUAAACUCUUCUCAAAAAGGAGUGAUUGCCUUCCUGUGUGUAUUCCACCGAGGUGACCACUGAAGUCUUGAUGUUGCCUAGUCUGCCUCUCUCCUGUGCACCCUAGUCCAAAUAUCACCCCUUAUGCAGUAUCCGAUGAUCCACAUGUUCUCUGACUCUGAUUUUCUAUUUUUUUGGAUCUCCCAAUAAUAAUUUAUCCACAGUACAAAUUGGCCGUGGCUCGCCGUUGGAGCUCUAUGGUCAUCCAUACACAGUCACUCGGCAUCGCUGAAUCCUUGCGUACCCUUCUAGUCUUUCCGCAAUGCUCAGGUCUAGUCUCUUGUAUUGGGCCCUGGGAAUUCUCUAGACAGAACUGACCUACUUUUGAUAUUCUCUCUCUCUACUGAUAGGUUUUGAUGUGUUGAGAACCAAGUCCACUGAACUUCUUAUCCUGUACAUAUCAGUCCGAAGUCUUCUUAUUCUAUUUUCCGUACUCUCUCUCUCUCUCUAUUGUGUGUUUUCCCAUGUAAAUACGUUGUCAAUAGGCUCAUGCAUCCUAUUCCGUUCCACCGUCUGUAUAUAUCUAUCUAACUUCAAUCACCAGGAACCACAACCCUGCCGCCUUUCUUCACCACGCUGCAUCUGUUUGUCUUUUUUGUGUGACAGAGCUUGAAAAACGUUUUCAAAACAA